GCUUUAUCAUAUUAGUUCUGAAAUAUCACAUUUCAAGUUCAAAAUGGUUACCAUGGUAAUUUAUUGUCUUUAAACUUCCUUAUGAAAAAUGAAUCCCUUCAAGGAUGUCAUCAUGAAAUGAGCUAUGUCUGCAUUUGUAAAGUCAGUUAUCAACACAGAGAAUACAGAGGGCAUAAAAUAUUCCUCCUUCUGGCUUUUAUUUGUGAGGGUUAAUGUAUUAAUUUCGCUGACCUACUCAGAUGAGGUUUGACUUUAGCUAACUCUACCUUUCAAUUGAAUGGAAUAAACAGUUAAAACUGAAUACAGAAUUCACUUGAGUGUGUUCUAAAUCUGGACUAUGAUAGAAUGCUAAUGUUUCUAUUUCUUUUCCUAGAGCUCAAGUCAGUUCUAUCCUAUCACAAGGUCCUUCACAUAGAGACUUUACUGCAGCUUGUGAAAUGUGUGGUAGACUUGGAGCUGUUCUACCUGUACUGAAGGAACAGUUUGACAGAUGUCUUUCAUUUUCACCAGUCAUCGUUGGGGAUCACAUUCUGGAGUUCAGGAGCUUUAGUGACAUUUUGAAUUCCUUUUACCAUGAUGCUAAGCUGUCUUGUGAAGACCCUUGUGAGCCAGUAACAUUCCAGCAGCUAAUGCAGCAUUUCAAGUUAGGCAAAAACAGGUCAAAGUUAUCUGCUGGUGUUGAGCAGCUUCAGAGUUUUAUUCACGAAAAUGAACAAUUGAAGGUCAAUGUGUGUUCCAGAAUUUAAGUUGUUGUAUUUCAAUAAAAAUCUAUUGUCACCCAGUAGUUGAAUAUGAAUGGUAUACAAAUAUGACAUUGAUGGGUAUGACAGUUGACUGAUAGGAUUGUUAUAUGAUUGAUAUGUUUCAGUUGAUAGGUAUGAUAGUUGAAUGAUGGGAUUGUUAUAUGAUUGAUAUGGUUAAGUUGAUAGGUAUAUCAGUUGGCUGAUGGGAUUGUUAUAUGAUUGAUAUAGUUAAGUUGAUAGAUAUGUUAACUUGUAUGGCUGUUGGAUAGCUGGUAGGACUAAGUUGGAAGAUAUUCAAAGUACUUAUUUAUAGGAACUAUGAGAGACAUUUCUAAAGGAUGACUAAGUUUAAUUCAUUUAGUAUUUUUCCAUUCAACAGUUUUUCUAGUCAUACUAACAUGCAUAUUGCUGGUGAUGCAUGUUUGAAAUCAGUUUUGAUACAAUUGUUUGUGAUUUACUUCAACUAUUUGAGAGAUUUACUUUUUUCUUCUGUUCUGAUAUUUAUAUACUUGAAAAAUGAAAUAAAUUAUUACAAAAAUA